UUCUCUUCUCUCCCACCCAAAAGGAAGAGAAGGGGGCCAAAAAAAAAAAAUCAAUCUUGCCACCAAAUUGACCAAGAUUCUCACAAGCUAGUGUCACUCACUCAGUUUCUUGGUUGUUGUUGGUGAAAGUGGCUCUUGGAGUCCAAAGGAUUUGGCGCCAGUGGUUCUUGGGAGCUCCGAUUGGGUGUAGCGUGAGUUCUUGGGGGGUUUCUUGGAUUGGCGGCGCUGGUUGUGGGAGAUGUUGUCCAUGAGCUGCCCAAGGGUGUACAUGAGCAGGAAGGCGUUGGAUUUCGGUCAGCUGGCCUCCUGCCGGUGCCGUUGGGCAGGCCGGGCCGGCACGCGGGCGGCGCCGAGGCGGCGCAUGCCAUGUGUUUGUUUCGUGGCCUCACCCAGCCAGCCAGGCGUUGCUGCAAUUGAUGUGCCGGCGGAGGCGAUUGGCAGUGCAGCAGCAACAGCAAUGAUCCCUGAGCGAAUCUCUGUUGCUUCACUUUUGGAGGUUGUCUCGGACGACCUGCUGAAGCUCAACAAUAAUCUGAAAUCGCUUGUUGGUGCAGAAAAUCCAGUUUUAGUUUCUGCGGCAGAACAAAUUUUCGGCGCUGGUGGAAAAAGAUUAAGGCCAGCAUUAGUUUUUCUGGUUUCUAGAGCAACUGCUGAACUAGCCAGUUUGUCGGAGCUAACUACAGAGCAUCAACGCCUGGCAGAGAUCAUAGAGAUGAUUCACACGGCAAGUCUAAUACAUGACGAUGUCAUAGAUGAUAGUGGCAUGCGGAGAGGGAAAGAAACCAUUCAUCAGCUAUAUGGAACACGGGUGGCUGUUCUUGCUGGUGACUUUAUGUUUGCACAAUCUUCUUGGUUUCUUGCGAACUUAGAGAACAUCGAAGUUAUUAAGCUCAUCAGCCAGGUGAUCAAAGACUUCGCCAGUGGUGAGAUAAAACAAGCAUCUACUCUUUUUGACUGCGACGUCACCCUUGAUGAUUACCUGCUCAAGAGCUAUUAUAAAACUGCUUCUUUGCUCGCAGCGAGCACAAGAUCUGCUGCCAUAUUCAGUGGUGUAAGCUCCACUAUAUGUGAACAAAUGUAUGAAUACGGCAGAAACCUGGGGCUCUCGUUCCAGGUAGUUGAUGAUAUUCUUGACUUCACCCAAUCAGCUGAACAACUUGGAAAACCAGCAGGAAGUGACUUAGCAAAGGGAAAUCUGACAGCUCCAGUCAUAUUUGCUUUGCAAGAUGAACCAAAACUAAGGGACAUAAUCGAUUCUGAGUUCAGUGAAAGUGAUUCAUUGGCUACUGCAAUUGAGUUGGUUCACAGAAGUGGUGGAAUAAGAAGGGCACAGGAGCUUGCAAAGGAGAAAGGUGACUUGGCUCUCCAAAACCUGCAGUGUCUUCCCAAGAGCCAGUUCAGAAGUACCCUUGAGAACGUAGUGAAAUAUAAUCUCCAAAGGAUUGACUAGAUAUGUGUUCACUUGAUUUAUCUUAAUGAUCAGGUGCUCGCGUCCAUUUGGGCCAUCUCGCUGAUAAUCAAGGGGAUCUUGGGACAUGAUUGUUACAGAACACAUGACAAUCAACAAUCUUGUUGUGGAUCCACCACCUGGCGCUUACAUGUAUAAUAUAUUGUAGCAUCCUUAGAUAAAGGAUGCAUAGUGUAUAUUUCAGAGCAGAUAAAGGAAGCGUAGUGUAUAUUUCAAAGAAAAU